UGUUAAAAGAACGGAUAAGGGCGAUAACUGCUACGGAGCGUACUCGGAUUUGCGUAGGUUGUCGAAAAUAUUCAGCUUGUCCGCUCAGAUAGAAUUACGAUUGAUAAAACGUCGAUACCUGUGUUUCAUCGAGAUGAUUACUCCAUAGACAAGAAUCGUGACUAGGCCGCUGUUACCAUGGCCACAGAUCUGAAGGGUGAACUUACUUGCCCAAUAUGCAUGGAACUUUUUCAAAGGCCGUUGAGGCUACCGUGUGGCCAUUCCUACUGCAGAAACUGUCUACAAGCCUUCAUCGGUCAGCAGUCUCAGAAGGACAUUGUCACUGGUCACCACAGACCAGUCAAUUGUCCAGAAUGUCGGCACAUGCUGGACGCCACGUCAGAGGGCGCUGACUCGUUUCCGGUGGACUUCAAACUCUCCAAGUUGGUAGAUGUCUUCAAGAAAAUGCAGGACUUUGAGAAUCAAAACGAGUUAAAAAAAGAAGAACCACCUGACGAAAAUCCUGAACACGAGGCAACAAAAAACCAAGACCAGGAGCUCCUAGGAGCAUGUGGGUACACACCUAUAGAUGGUGAACUUCCGGUCCCGGAGGAGGGUCUUAAGGUCACCACUGACACUAGAAAGGAGGAGUUUUGUGAUGAUGUGGAAAGCAGCAUGAGUGAACGAACUAAGACAAAAACAAUGUAUGGUAGUGAUUCCGACGCCGACAGCGAGAAGGAGCUUUCAGACGAUAGUGAAAAUGCCAGUGUGCCCAGGAGGAGGAAACGGAGGAAUAAGGUGAUACGGUUCUUCGCCUCGCUCCUCUCACUUUCGUCCUCGGAUGGGGAAUACGAUCUCAGGGAAGCUUCCUCCUCUUCCUCUGAUAUUGACACAUCAAGACCUGUGAGAGAUUGCAAACCGGCCGCAGUCACCAAAGAAGUCCCUAAGCGUAGGAAUCGCUGGGGUUUCCUGACGUCUUCGUCAUCAGAAUCAAAUCAUCACGUUGCAUCCAGUUCUGAUGACGAUGCAAACAACGGACCGCCUGUCCACCGGAGACCAGUGAAGAAAUCUAACAGUAUGAUCUCAUCGAUUCAAAGACGACUGAAACCUAGUUCAUCUGACAACGAAUAAUCACAGUUUACCAACGAUCCCCAAAUAGAUGCUAGUCCAAACAGAAUGCCAUAGUACUGUUGUGUAUUACAUAUCUGAUCUGUGUUACGGACAAUACAGCGAUUUUUGUAUUUCAGUUAACAUUUACCAGGACACCGAGGUGACUUCCGCAACUUCUUGACCCUUUUUUUAAUUUUUACCGGUUGCUUGUUGAUUUAACAGACUUUUUAAGCCCAAGAGAUAGAAAUAACAUGUAGCCUUGCUUAAUACUGGGAAAAUGAGUGGGUGACGGUGAUAUUCAUUAGCGACAUAUGCACGUGCGUGUGUGGCAGCUUCUACUAGUAUGGACAUGUGCCGGUUUAAUUGUGCCAGCUCACUGAGAUAUUACGCAGUUUACCCGAAUCAGACACAAUACGCUGACUCCGAGCCUGCCAGUUGAUUAAUCACGCUUAUUAAAGACGAGCGCCGGGAAGGUAACAAGUACCAUCCUUUUAACGUCUUUUGGUAUGACGAGGCUAGUCUUAUCCAAACCGAACUAUAAACCCAAUUGAAUGUAGGUAUAUUUCAAAUAACACAUUUCGGUAAAUAUAUAAUUUAAAGAUACGCUUCUUCCUUCGCUUACAAUAAUAACUGAAUGCGUCGGUUGAUAGAACUUGUCAUUAAUUUAUUCUGUACCAAGUGAAAAUGGCAGUUCGACGGAUGGUGAAGUUCAUUCAGAGCACAUCCGUAAGGGUGUUACUAAUGCGAGACAUACACUUUAAAAAGUUACUGGGCACCGCGUAGAGUAUGACCACUUGCACAAAGCGACUUUAGCGCUAAGAUGAUUGUAACUCCCAUACUUUAACAUAGGCUAACGAUAGUCUUAGCACUAAGAUCGCUUUGUGCAAGUGGAUCCAGGAGUCCCAGCAAAGUCAUCCCAAACUUACGGUUUUUUUCAACUAUAAUUCCAUAAGGUAUAUCAGUCUCGCAAUUCAUAAAUCAUUCUGAUAACAAAGAAAUUGUCUCAGUUUGACACAAGUCACUCACAAGUUACGUCCAGACCUUAACUGUAAAUGGACACAGGACUGGGGAGCUUUGUACCUCAUUAACUUCUCAUAACGGUUUCAGCAAGCAAAUCACACUUCGUGUAUGGGCAACAGUGAGUUUGGCUUAACGCUGCUUUGAUUAGUAUUUCAGUUAUUUCACCGCGUGUAAUCGUGAUGUGGGAGAAAUCAUGCAAGUUUUGAACGAUAACUGCUUUGGUUUAGCCACGAGCACGGGCUGGUGCUGACAAACCUAGAAACAAUCCGGGCGAGCCGUAAUUCGAACCCACGAAAAUAGGUUUCUGUGAUGCAUAAGGGACGUAACUCUGCAUUGUGAAUUGCGCAAUUGUUUUGAUACACCCGACAACUGGUAUGUUUGUAGCAAGGUUUACCUUGUAGAGUUAGAUUUUCUUGUUAGCUUUUACUGUGAUACUUGAGAGAUAAGAAUUUUGUCCGCGUAAUUGAACUCGCGAUUUUAUGUAGCGUUACUACUUUGGGGGGAAAAUCAUAGACACUGCUGACCUUUUUGUACGAGUGGUUAGUAGUCCCCCCAAAACGCGGUUCGUACUCUGACACAAAAUUAAUAAUUCUUUUGAAUUGUAAUAGAACAGAAGCACUGUCCAAUAACUAAGCUCACACUUAAAAAAGUUUCAUACGUGUGCAUAUGUACUAGUAUAUAUAAUACUCAAAAGAAAGUAAAGAACACCCCAUUCUUUUCGUGGCAUGCCAGAUUAACUAAAUAUGAAUAAAGGAUCGGGUGUUCUUUUAACGCCGUGUAUUUUGCUACUCCACUUUUGAUAGGGGUAUUUUUACCUUUCCAUGAUACACUAAAGUUUGCAUAAUGUCAAGUUUAUAUUUGAAUAGAAUGACAUCUGAUUAUCCCUAUCAAAAGUUGAGUAGUAUAUGUAAAGUAGCGAACAAGCACCAGACAAGACCACGACGAGACAGUAGAAAAAUCAUUUUCGAUUUAUUUGCUCAUCGCAUAAUCCUUUUUAGAUAGCUCAUCUGUGAAUUAUAUGAUGUGUAACGUCAAUUUCUUCCCGUCCUUGGUGCUCAAAGAGCCCCUCUAGCCUCAUCCGUGAUAUUAUAUAGAUUGCAUCGCAUGCUAUAUACUGCCUGAUCCCCUGGUAGCAUUGUGAGAUCAUGAGAACCAACAUGCCUAUGCGGUUUUUGUGUCAUUAUUCGAUUACCUUGCUCAAUAUCUUUCAGACAAAAUGCAUAAAUAGUAUGUUUGUAUGGUGCUAUUAAAUGUGAUACUGCUUUGCGGGUGGAAUAAAUGUAUUAUUGUGAUAA